AUGGAGACCUUCUCUCACUCUUCUUACCCAGAUUCCGGCGAUUCGUCGCCGCACUCCCGCGAAAUCGACGACACUCAGACAUCAGAUGACCCGCCGUCAACGUACAAAGUCAAAUUAAUGUGUAGUUUCGGUGGCAAAAUCCAACCAAGACUCCACGAUAAUCAACUCGCUUACAUCGGAGGCGACACGAAAAUCCUAUCCGUCGAUCGCGGCAUCAAAUUUUAUGGGAUGAUGCAUAAACUCACAUCACUUUGUGGUGGGGCCACUGAUAUUUGUGUUAAGUAUCAACUUCCAGGUGAAGAUCUUGAUGCUUUGAUUUCCGUUACGAAUGAGGAGGAUCUUGAGCACAUGAUGAUUGAAUACGACCGCUUGCACCGGGCUUCCGGUAAGCCUGCGAGGUUACGGUUAUUUCUGUUUAGUUUGAAGAGUUUUGUUUCGAGUGAAGUGAAAUCGGACAGGCAGUGGUUUGUGGAUGCUUUGAAUUCUGUGAACGUGCAGAGUUUAGAAUCUUCUUCUCCACCUGCCAAAGCGGCUGUAUCAGCGGAGAAUCCGGAUUUUUUGUUUGGAUUGGAUAACAAUGCUGUUGUUCCCGUAACGAAAUUUGUGGAUACUCCGCCUUUGCAGCCUACUGUGCUGGAGGCUGUUGUGAAAGAUGUUUCUGCUGGGUCGGAAUGUGGAUCGGAGGAUAGGAAUUUGACCGGAGAUGCCUCUGCGGCGGUUAAUCAACAGACUGCAGAUCUGCAGAGACUGCAGAUUGCUGGUAAUAACGAGCAGCGGAAAUUUGACGAGGCCAAUUCUAGAGGUUUCCUUGGAGAAUACUAUGCACAGAAACUUCAGGAGAAAAUGACACCCGUGCCUACUCCAGUGCCAGUUGGAAUGGUAAUUCCAGCCGCUUACUUACACGAAGGGCAAGUGAGUUCGACUGGUUAUCCCAUGGCUAAUGUUGGAGCUGAGCAGCCAGUUUAUUUAAUUCAAGUACCAGCAUUGAGACCGGUCAAUGGACAAGUCGGUCAGGGUUAUUAUGGAGUGCAUAGAGUUGUGCAGGAGGUGUACAGAGAGCAGCCGGUUUAUAGUCCCGUCCAGCAACCAGCAGCUACAGUUGGUUCGGUUCAACAACAGCAGUCGAUGAAAGCCGGUGGAUUGGUGCAGUCAAAAGUUGGAGUGGCGGAGCAAGGGUAUGUGCAGGUUGGUUAUGACAGUGCAGGGAGACAGGUGUAUUAUACAACUCCGUAUCAGGCAGUGCCGGUGGCAACCGUUGGGGCUGUAGAUGGUAGGCAAGGUGGUGGUGUGGUUAAUCAGGAUGGUAAGGUUGCUGGUGGCAGUGUCAGGACUCCACAAAAUUCAUCCGUGUGA